GCCCUGAGGAAAGCCUCAAGCCUCACCCCCUUCGGGGAUCCACCUAAACACCGGCUCCAGGCGCUCUGCGGCGCAGUCCCAACCACCUGCUUUAGGUAGUGGACCCUGCAGACUCCUGAGCUUCAGGAUGGUUCGUGCUAAGAGCUGGACCCUGAAGAAGCAUUUUGUAGGCUACCCUACUCCUAGCAACUUUGAACUGAAGACAGUUGAACUCCCGCCCUUAAAAAAUGGAGAGGUCCUGUUGGAAGCUUUGUUCCUCACUGUGGAUCCUUACAUGAGGAUAGCAGCAAGAAAACUGAAGGAGGGUGAUAUGAUGAUGGGAGAGCAAGUGGCCAGAGUUCUAGAAAGUAAAAACGCAGCCUUCCCCACGGGAACGAUUGUAGUGGCUCUUUUGGGCUGGACCACGCACUCCAUUUCUGAUGGGAAAAACUUGGAAAGGCUGCUUCCAGAGUGGCCGGACACAGUACCGCUGUCUUUGGCCCUGGGAACGGUGGGCAUGCCCGGCCUAACAGCCUACUUUGGCCUGUUGGACAUCUGUGGUCUGAAGGGUGGAGAAACAGUGAUGGUUAAUGCGGCAGCAGGGGCCGUGGGCUCUGUCGUGGGGCAGAUCGCGAAGCUCAAGGGCUGCAAAGUUGUUGGAGCAGCAGGGUCUGACGAAAAGGUUGCCUGCCUUAAAAAGUAUGGAUUUGAUGUUGCCUUUAACUAUAAAACAAUCGAGUCUUUGGAAGAAACUUUGAAAAAAGCCUCUCCUGAGGGAUAUGAUUGUUAUUUUGAUAACGUGGGUGGAGAGUUUUCUAAUGUUGUUAUCUCCCAGAUGAAGAAAUUUGGAAGAAUUGCCAUAUGUGGGGCUAUCUCUACCUAUAACAGAACGGGCCCACCUCCCCCAGGGCCGCCCCCGGAGGUCGUCAUCUAUAACGAGCUCUGCUUCCAAGGCUUCAUCGUCUACCGCUGGCAAGGAGAAGUGCGCCAGAAGGCUCUGAGGGAGUUGCUGAAGUGGGUCUCAGAGGGUAAAAUCCAGUACCAUGAACACAUCACGGAAGGAUUUGAAAACAUGCCCGCUGCAUUUAUGGGAAUGCUGAAAGGCGAGAACCUGGGGAAAGCAAUCGUGAAAGCAUGAACCAAGACGACACGAGAGUCCAGAGAUCACUUCAUUCCUUGGAUACAUUUUUUAAUGCUUUAAUAGAACGUGUACUGUCUUCAUGAUCUAAAACCCAGUGAUUGUAAUGAGUUUGAGCUACCUAAUAAAAUGCAUUUAAGGAAUA